AUGCAUUUGAACUUUGACUUACGUGCUAAACCUGGCCAAGAAUGGUUUAUUGGUUUGGGAAUGGAAGGAUCAGCAAAUAAAAUCGCCGUGGGCAUUGUGAAACAACCACUUGGUGACCCAUCAAAAAGCGAAAAUCGUGCAGUCAUAUUAAGUAACGUCAGAGAUACAUAUAAUGCUCCACCGGGCCAAGGAUUUAUGCCUCGUGAUGUUGCAAGACAUCAUCGUAAUUGGGUCGUUCGGAUCGUAAAGCGUGCAAUUGAGGAGGCACAAAUUGAAAUCACAGAUAUAGACUGUAUUUGUUUCACACAAGGUCCGGGUAUGGGUGCUCCCUUACAGAGUGUGGUCAUUGCUGCUAGAACAUUGAGUAUGCUGUGGAAGGUGCCACUGGUUGGUGUUAAUCAUUGUGUGGGACAUAUUGAAAUGGGAAGGGAAGUUACAGGUGCUGAUAAUCCCGUUGUUUUAUACGUCAGUGGUGGAAACACACAAGUUAUUGCCUACAGUCGACAAAGAUACAGAAUAUUUGGGGAAACCUUAGAUAUCGCAGUUGGUAAUUGUUUAGAUCGAUUUGCAAGAGUUUUGAAAAUCCCCAAUGCACCGUCACCAGGCUACAAUAUAGAACAGUUGGCUAAGAGAGGGUCAAAAUUUGUAGAGCUACCAUACACUGUCAAGGGAAUGGAUAUUAGCAUGAGUGGAAUUCUAGAGUACAUAGAAGAAAUUGCUAGACGUGGGACAGAGAAGGUUGAAGAUUUAUGUUACUCUCUCCAGGAAUGUCUAUUUGCCAUGCUUGUAGAGAUCACCGAACGUGCAAUGGCUCAUGUGAACUCAAAUCAAGCUUUGAUAGUCGGUGGUGUCGGUUGUAAUGAAAGGUUACAGGAAAUGAUGGCAAUUAUGGCUCGUGACCGUGGAGGCGCUGUAUUUGCAACCGAUGAACGUUUCUGUAUUGAUAACGGUGUUAUGAUUGCACAGGCUGGUUUGUUAGAAUAUAGGAUGGGCGGAGCAACAUUGGUAGAAGAUAGUGUAUGUAGUCAAAAGUUUCGGACCGAUGACGUUUUUGUCAGAUGGAGGGAGUAA